AAAGGAUAUGCAGAAAUGGUGCCAGAAGGACAGCAAACAAAAACAGAAGGAUCAGUGUGGUACUUGCCCCACCAUGGGGUGUAUCACCCAAGAAAAGGAAACUUAAGAGUUGUUUUUGAUUGUGGUGCGUCUUUCUGUGGCAAAGCAUUGAAUGCAGAAUUGCUUAAAGGGCCUGACCUAACUAACAGUCUUGUGAGUGUGCUCAACAGAUUCCGACAGGAGCCAGUAGGCCUAAUGGCUGACAUCACCGCCAUGUUCCACCAGGUGAAAGUUGCAGAAAGUGAUGUUGACUUCCUCAGGUUCCUGUGGUGGCCAGAGGGGGACGUGACCCAACAACCUGUGGAAUUCAGAAUGACAGUCCAUCUCUUUGGGGCUACGUCAUCCCCCAGCUGUGCAAGUUACGCACUUAGAAAAACAGCCACAGACAACCAAGAGCACUUCAGUCCCGAGGAGCUGUGUAAGAUGAACCUGGGCUGGGACGAAGAGGUACCGCCACACAUCCGUGAGCAGUGGUCGAAGUGGUCAGCUGGCUUCCCCCUGAUGUCCAACUUCAAAGUGCAGCGGUGCUUUAAGACAGCUGGAUUCGGGUCAGUGACGCAAGCACAGCUACACCAUUUCGCGGAUGCAAGCGACCAAGGCUACGGAACAGCAACUUACCUGAGGCUUCAGAAUGACCAGAACAACAUCCACGUCGCUCUGGUGAUGGGAAAAGGACGCGUGGCACCAUUGAAGAGGAUGACGAUACCAAGGAUGGAACUUGCUGCAGCAGUGUUGGCUACAAAGAGUCGCAGCAAUUAG